AUGUCUUUCUACGAUUUCCUCCAAGUCAUUGGUAGCGCCCUCGUGGUUGCUAUCUGUGUACUCAUGAUGAGAAGUCCAAUCGACUUCGAGGUAGCACCUGCCAGCCAACUCAUCCAGGUCGCUCCUCCUUCACCAGUGACCCAGUCACUUUCUGAACCUCAAGCAGCCCAACUAGUCGCUUCUCCUUCCCCCAGGAAGAUGAGCAGAGUUGAAGAGCUUAUCGGUUCAGUCCAGGUUACUCCUACCUGCCCACAAAGAGAUAGAAAGCCCUCUCCUAGAAUAGUUUUCGCCCCUGCUCAACUUGAGCGAAGAUCAAUGAUCAAAAGUCCUUCAAUUCAAUCAAUCAAGGCCGAUGUUCAUUCCUCUUCUGUUGCUGGCGCGCAACAAAUUAUAACCACCACAUCCACCGUCACAACCACGAUGGAUAUUGAAAUGACAGACGUUGCGUCGGCAUAUGCCGAAAUCUCUGAAGUCAUUUCAGUUGAAGUCGAGAUGGUGGAUGCUCCUGCUCCUCAGCUGAAGUCUUGCAUGAAAUCAAGCUUCGCUUCUCGGUCUGCGAAAAGUGUUAGUUUUGCAGGACCAAGCAGCGAUUGCAUUCGCGGAAAGAUCGCCACUCAUGUGGUCUCUGAAGCAUUUGUAUAUCCCAGUGGGUGGUCUCCUGGGGCACUUCAAAGCCCUCAUGAGACAUUUCCCAUUAUUGAGGAAAAAGACCAAGAAGGCAAUCCUACCGGAUGGUUUUACAAACAGGAUAGUAUCUACUACCCACCAAAGAUUGAAGGUCACGCAUUGCCAUUGUCCUUCUGCAGAGAGUGUCACGAGCAUAUCUCUCAUGGAUUUUUAAAUCCCAUCGUUGACUAUACCGACGCGGUACUUGCAGAUAUAAAAGGCGUACGUGACUUUGUCAUUUUGGACCAAGCAAUGAGAUACAAUUGCGGAGAUCAUGGUGGAUUCUGA